UUUAGUUGGGUGCUGGAUAGAGAGGAAUUUGUUCUCAUUAAAGCCUUAUGUUACACUUGGAGGCUUGGUGAUAAACCUUGUGGGAAACUGGGCUUGUGUUUUGCCGCCGAGAUGAUGUUGAAGACGCUUCUGAUCACCAGUCUUCUUAGCUGGGUGAAUUGUUUGGAGAAUCAGAGCAUGACACCAGAAGAGAAGACCAACAUCAGAAACCAAAUUCUUGAAAUGUUUGACCAUGCCUAUGGGAGUUACAUGAAAUAUGCCUAUCCAGCAGACGAGCUGAUGCCUCUAAGCUGCAAAGGGAGAGUGCGUGGAGAAGAACCUAACAGAGGGGACAUUGACGACUCCUUGGGGAAGUUUUCUCUCACUCUGAUCGACACCCUUGAUACAUUAGUGGUGUUGAACAAGCUGGACGAGUUUGAGGAUGCAGUGAGGAAGGCUGUGAGGGACGUGCGCUUGGACAACGAUGUGGUGGUGUCUGUGUUUGAGACCAACAUCAGGGUUUUAGGUGGUCUUUUGGGGGGGCAUGUGAUGGCUGACCUGCUCAGGCAGCGUGGCGAGAGGAUGCAGUGGUAUCGUGAUGAGCUCCUUCACAUGGCCGUAGAGCUAGGCCAUCGACUACUUCCUGCCUUCAACACCAGUAGUGGCCUUCCCUACCCUAAGGUGAAUCUGCGGUAUGGCAUCUUGAGCCCACUUUCACGCACUGGCACUGAAUCUGACACGUGUACGGCAUGCGCAGGGACGAUGAUCCUAGAGUUUGCUGCUCUCAGCAGACUGUCAGGAGAAUCUGUGUUUGAGGAACAUGCUAGGAAGGCCCUGGAUGUCCUCUGGGAGAGGAGACAAAGAGGAAGUGACUUAGUGGGAACUGUGAUCAAUAUCCAUAAUGGAGAAUGGGUCAGGAAAGAUAGUGGAGUUGGCGCAGGAAUCGACUCAUACUAUGAAUAUCUGAUGAAGGCCUACAUUCUUUUAGGAGACAAUACAUUCCUACAGAGGUUCAACAUUCACUACAGUGCUAUUAUGAAGUUCAUCAGCCAGCCUCCUCUUCUGCUCAACGUACACAUGCACAAUCCCACUGUGAGCGUUCGCAGCUGGAUGGAUUCUCUGCUCGCUUUCUUCCCCGGAUUACAGGUUUUAACUGGAGAUCUGAAACCAGCCAUAGAAACUCAUGAGAUGCUAUACCAAGUCACAAAGCAGCACAAGUUCCUUCCAGAGGCUUUUACCACAGAGUUCAGAGUUCACUGGGGCCAACACCUUCUGAGACCAGAGUUUGCAGAAAGCACUUAUUACCUCUACAAGGCCACUGGUGAUCCUUACUACCUCAGAGUGGGACAAUCCAUAGUGGAAAAGCUCAACGCCUUUGCCAGGGUGCCUUGUGGUUUUGCCGCCGUGCAGGACGUCCGUACUGGGACGCAUGAAGACAGGAUGGACUCGUUCUUUCUGGCAGAGAUGUUCAAAUACCUCUACCUGCUGUUUUCGGAGAAGAGCCAGCUGCCGAUUAAUAUAGACGACUACAUCUUCACCACAGAGGCUCACUUACUGCCCGUCUCUCUCUCCACGACUCAAGCAUCCGUUCAGACCAAUGUUACGGAGGAUGCUGCUGUUGCUCAUCAUGAGGAUCUGUUUACACACUCCUGUCCCAGCACAGAGACAUUGUUCCCCAACAACCCCUCGUUUGCCAAAACCAUAAGGGACGGCUACAAGUACCUGACCGGGGUGGGACGAGCCUUCACCCCUCUACCCGUCAGGGAAAUUGAACUACCGCUCCAUGAUAACGGCAUGGAACCAUGGAACCAGGAGUUCUUAAGGAGCAUGGGCAUCUCUCUCACCCCUCUGAAUGACAUUACCCUAGGAGAGCCUAGUGGUCCAAAGCAGCAUAAAGGAGUGUUCCGUGUAAAGCUUGUCGCUGAAGUGAGACAGAGUUCAGAGGAGGAGCUGGUGGUACCGCAUGUCGUCCAGCUAAUAUCCCCUCCGUUUCUGGGCCGGACAGUCCUCACCGCAGGACCGGCCAAGUUUGGGAUGGACCUCACCAAGCAGGAGCAUGGGGUGAAAGGAACCAUAGUGAAAGCUUCCCCCUACACUGCAUGUGGGCCAAUAGAAAAUGCAGCAAAGGUCAAAGGCCGUAUUGCUCUGGCAUUACGUGGAGACUGCAUGUUUGCAGCCAAGGCUCUCUGGCUGCAACAAGCAGGAGCAAGUGGAGUCAUCUUUAUAGAUCAUCACAAAGGGAGUAACAGCGAGGAGACUCCGCUCUUCCAGAUGGUCGGAGACGGUGACUCCACCGAAGACAUCAGCUUGCCUUUAGUGUUUCUGUUUAACCGUGAGGGUUCUGUACUCACAGCCGCCCUGGAGGAACAUCACAACGUGGAGGUGCUGCUGCUGCCAAAGGAGAGGCAGCUGGGAAAGGAUAAAUCAGAAAAACUUGUCAGCAUGAACAUAAAACUCCGUCUGAGAGAAGAGGGGAAACCGGAGGAAAGAGCAGCUCGAGGACCCACCCUGGAGUUGGUUUUGGAAAACAAAGAGGUCCUUCUUAAUGAGGAGGGUGAAGAAGAGCUCAGUGGAAAACAGGAGUCACGUCAGCAACAGGUCUGCACUCAAGGCAGGACUGAACCCUGUUCUACAGACUCACUGCAGUCCAUGAACUCCAAAACCGGACCAGUCACAAACCCUUGACCACUGUGGUUCUCUAAUGCCGGUUCCUAGAUGGUUUCUGAGCAGCGUGUGGCCCCUGUCUCUGCUCUGCAGCACAGCCUGCAUGUUUACAAUUAACAAGAGGGGAAAUCGAAAGUCAACUCCAUAUAUGGAUUCUGCUCUGGACUGAAACCUGACCUGGUGUCCUGCCGUUGUAGCUACAACAGCUUACGGUUAUAAUGAAGUGUCCAAUAGACCAGGAUUUAAAGUCGUCCUAUCCUAGGGGGGAGCUUAGACGAGGUAACAAAAUGGAUGUAAUUUGCUUUUAAUCUAGAUUGCACAUUUUAACUUGAUCAAAUACUGUCAAAACAGCCUGUAGCCAUCGGUGGAGGAUUAUCUGGCCAGUAGGUGGCGUUAGCUUCCAUAACCUCUCAGUUGCACCAUGAGUAAGGUGGAUCAAGGAGACAAACUUGGGCUCAUUUGGAGAGUACAUUUUGUACUAGCUAGGAACUUCAGGGACUUGAUGAGUGAAUGCAGUAUGCAAGAUUGACCAAUUUUUUAAAAAUGUGCACAUUUUAGGGAUUAUGUUUUGCACUCCUUUUCGCUAAUCAAAGCAUUAGACUGUGUGAGUGCAAAGUAUUUAUUAACUAGGCUAUAAUAUGUAAACAUGCAUCUCGGUUGAAACCUCAAAACAUAAUCAUGUAAAUAAUAAAUAAGCAGAGAAUUAAUUGUCAUUAAUAUCUGAGAUUCAGGUCAGAUUUUAUUUUUCACUGUAGACUUUUUGUCUUAACAUUGCUGUAUUUGUAGAGUCCAGCUAAUUUCUAAUUACCUUGUUUAAAAAGUGAAAAAAAUAUUCAAUUAUAUCAGUCUGAUAUGAUCAUAUAUGACUCUGGAUUUUUUAUUAAUUGUAUGUUCCAAUCAGGUUUAAAUUCCAUUUACUUUGUGGUGAUAUCUCAUAUAAAAUGAAAGCUACACACAGAGACGUCUCCAAACAGAAACAUAUUAUUAACACGUUUACUAAUUUAGUUGUGAUUAAAUUUUUUCUGGAGUGCAGCCAGAUUUGACCCCAGUUUUAACACCAUUUCAUAAGAACUAGAAAAGCCUUGACCCCCGAGCUGUUUAAAACGCUAUCCUAGAUCAGUUUUGGAUUUAUUUGCACCGGUUAAUAGUCCAGUUCUCGCACACUCGAGAACGGGCAUUAAUAUGUGCAAUGACUUUAAUUGGCAGAUGUAAAAAAAAAAAAAAGGUCUCCUUUAGUCUCUUUGUAUUGCUUGUUUUUUUCUCACUACUCAUAAGUUGUAUGUUUCUUCCUGUUAUUUAUAUUAUGACUCAUGAAACCGGUCGUUGACCAGUGGACCAUUUUUCUCACUCUGCAGAGCUGAUUUUAGGUCUGACUUUUAUAAAUCUUAUUGCCAAGUUUUAUACCUCAGGGCGGUGCACAUUAUUUUCAUACUGAUUAAAAUGAUAACAGAGGGCAAACCGAGGACACUUUUUCUUGUUAUAUUUUAGUUUUUUAUGUUAUUUAUUAUUCUGUUCAGUCAUUUUCUCUCAGUGCUCUUGGUCAAUGGCUGCAGCCUAAAAUGUGCCAAAAUAAACAUUAUUUCUUUACGGUGCAAGAAGAGGGAGUCCUAUUAAAAGGUGUCACUCUUUUACUAAUAUUAUUUCUAUAACUGAGCCUUCGCCAUGGAUGUUCAGCACCAGUGAAAUAUUUUUGAAGCAUUUGAAUGUUUUGAACUUGCUUCUAAUUUUCUGUAUCCAUUCUUACUUUAGAGUAACAUUUUAACUUGUUUUGACCAAUCAAGAAAAUAUGAAACAUUAAUUUCAGUCAACUUGAGAAUAAAGAUGUUAGUAACUUCC